AUGGAGCAGAUUAGCGACGUCGGAGGUGGUGAUACAGCGAAGAAGACGAUGGCGUCUCUGGGACUCAUGUGUGAGAAAGAUAUAACUGAGCAGCGGCUUAAAAUCGAUUCCUUCAUCGCUUCUCCGUUCCAGAGAUCGAUGGACUCUGUACUGGAACGAGCUAAAGCCACUGCACAAAGCCAAGUGGAACUAGCGAAUUUGAAAGCGGAGCUGAGAGACGCAGAGGAUUUGCUCGUGAAAGUGUUGGCAGAGAAAACCCGUAAUGAGGCAAGGCAAAUGGGGCUAAGGGAUUCCAUUUCUGCAACACAAUCUCGAAUCCAAGUGCUUAGAAGAACUCUGCAAUUACAAAAGUCAAAGAGGGAAGAACAUGCCAAAGUUAUCUCACAACAAUUGCAAGCCUUAUCAGUAUCCAAGGAAAAUGCUGGUAAAGUCACUGAAGGAAAAGCAGAUAUCCAGGAAGCCAUCUCUUGGUACAAUCAGGCUCUUGGCUUUCACGUCGAAGCUGGACAUGGAGUUAAAUUCACAUUCACCUACAUUGAUGCAAAAAGGCCCACAAGCGAGUUUUCAUUCACGGUUCACUAUGGAAAUGACAUCUACACACUAAUGGAUUGCAACCCGCAGUUGGAUGACAUCGAAGAGAUGGUUCAGGAAUUGAAUAAAACCAAUGACCUUUUCGGAUUUGUUCGUCUGGUGAGGGUUAAGUUUCUGAAAGCCACCUUAUCUGAGUUGCCAACACAUUCAGAGAAUCUCCAACAUGAAACUUCCAUCAUAUCUGCUUCAGCUCCAGCUAUAUCAUUUACCACUGAUACAAACAUGUCAACUCCAGAGAACAAGGGAUCCAAGGUUCAAGUGAAUCGGCUACACAAAAGAUCUAGUGAUUCACCACUCCCGUCUCCUGUACCCACGUCUUCCGUUCGCCGUUCUUCUCGUCUUAAGGCUAAGAAAUGA